GCUCCAACAUCUUCAGGAUCAAUCUGAAUGGCUUCUAUUCGCCUCACCCUUCAUCUUACUCUGCUAAUCCUUCCUUCUCCCCCCAGCCUUUCUACCCCUGCCAGCCAGUGCAUUGCAACAGGAAGACAGACCGCAGGCAAUAUAGGCUGCUCACCAAAGUUCCAGGAGACCAUCGAAAAUAUGGGCUUUUACAGCGGCUAUCCACCAGCCACAACACUUUACCAUCACCUCCCCAGCUCCUAUCCGCUUCCCUCUCCACACCAGUACGCCCCCCAUCAGCCCCAUCAUGCCCACUUUCUCCUCAACCCAGCAAGAUUCCACAAGCGGAGGAGCAGGUUGCUGAGGGAGGGAGCUUUAGGAGGAGAGGUUGAGGGAGAUAUAGGAGGAAGCAGUGGAGGAGGCCCACACCUCAGCUCAGGGUUCACAUCCAGCCUCUCCUGUGGCUGUGGGAGGAGUGAACACAAACACAAACAUAAACACCGUCACAGGCACUGUGAGCGAGACAUGGAUGAGGAGGAGGAGUUACACGAGGAUGAGGAGGAAGAUAGAAUGGAGAGAGAGGGGUUGGCCAGUUCAAAGCCAAGGUCAGGGUUCAUUUUGGGGCAAGGAGAACGAGGAAGGAAAGGGGCAAGAGGAAUGGGGUCCGCUGCUGCUGCCACAUCGUCAUCCUCAGCAGAGAGGUACAAACACACAUCUCUCACCUCACUGGGGCUGGGUUCUUCUCACCUGUCUUCAUUUGGGGGAAGCUGGGGCGGCCUAGGCCAGAGCUGGACGAAAUUUGGGGUCCUGGGAGGCUUUGGAAAUUCAUCUCCCAGUUGGAGAGGCUUCACUGGAGAGCAACAUACAGGAAAACUGAUCGCAUCAGACGGAGAGGACGAAGACGGAGAGGACGAGUCACACCUGUACAGCACUUUCCCGUCCCCAACACACACCAACCUGUUCACAUCCGCUGCCAUGGCAACAGGGGGGAGGGGUCUGAAUAGCGGAUUGGCCUGUAGGGGUCCAGGAAGUGGAGACAGGUCAUGGAGAAGAGAUGAGCCAGCAUGGACAGAGAGGAGAGGAACAGGUUUACAAGGUGACUCAAGAAGCCGGGCCCAGCAUAAAAGUGUGCCAACGCUAGACAGUAUGGCAGGGGGGAAAAAGAGAAGGCCAGGACGGCCCAGAAAGAACCCACUGCCCUCCACAGUAUCCUCCCCCACGCACAUAUCUGCAUCUCCCUCCAUGUCAUCAACCGACCACUUGCCAGGACACAACAGAGAUGGGAGAGAAGUGGGAGGGAGAAAAGAAGAACGAGGGCCAGAGAGAGAUAGAGGAGGUGACACAGUGCAGCAGGUGACAGAGUUGGAGCUGCAGGCCAGGAGGAAGAGAGGACGGAAGAGAAAACAUGGUGACUCUCCUUGUCAUCAGAGUGUCGCUGAGGAUAAACCUGAGUGUGACACCCCCCCUGAAUGUUUUAGCCAAUCAGAUGUUGACCAGGCUCCAUCUCAACCAGUAAUCAUCCAAAGAGAGGAGAGAGCAGACGAGCCUCCCAGGAAGAAGUUUCUGAGGGCGGGUCUUUACUCUGAUGAUUACAAAACUACAGACCCGCCCUCCCAAGCCCAGCAGCUGUGCAGAGAGAGUAUGGAAGACACUCCAGGGGAGCGUGAAUAUAGCCUUUUACCUGCUCCCAUAAAUGUUGGGAAGUACCUAAGGCUAAAGCGGAUUCAUUUCCAGUUACCUUAUGAUGUUAUGUGGCUAUGGCAGAAUGAUGAGCUUCAAAGCCAGCCUGCUGUUCCCCUGAAGAGGAAGCGCCGUUACUGCCGGCUGAAGAUGAGGACUUCAUCCUCUCAUCAGACAGCGGAGGAGAGCUCUAGUGACAUUUCCAGCUUGUUUCCUCACCUCGACCUGGAGCCUUUGACCAGCGGUGAGAGGAGCUUUGUGGUGAAACACCAUGUCUUCCUCAUGAGGAACUGGGAGCUUGUGAGAGACCGACAGAUCCGACUGAGGAUACAGAGGGAGAGAGACGCAGAGGGAGAGGAGAGUGACUCACAACAUCUGUCCUGUGAUGGAGCCAAUGGGGACGACAGCCACAUCAAGUCAGAUCAGCAAGCGGGGAUGGAGGGGACGGUUAUCAGCAGUGACCCCCACCAUCAGAGUCAGGACACCUCCAGCUCGCUCACUGCCAGCCCCUGUCCCACCAAAACCCAAAACAGACAACAGGAUGAGGGAGAGGAAGAAAAACGAGGGGAAAAAGAGGUCUGCACCAGAGAACAGAGGAGGAAACGGCUGAAUGAUUUACUCUUGACCCUGCAGCAUUCAUAAGCUAACAGAGAGAGGUGGGACCACUCUGAGAAAAGGAACCAGGCCCACCACCGGACAGAUGGACAGGAACUGAUGUCACAACACUGCUGUCAACAGUAGUAGUGCCACAGAGAGAGAUGGAGAAUUAUAGCGGCUGAAAAAUGCAAGAAAGACAUCUCACACACUGACAGAUGAGUGUGGUGAACCGAGCGCUCUGAAGGGCAUCACACCAAGGAUGAAACCAUGGCAACACAUCUUUUGUCCAAGAGGCGAGGGAUGAGAGAAACAGAGAUAGACUGUCCCGGAUGAAAGAAAGAAAGAAACAGACCAGCUGAAAUGAAUUUGCACUAGUGCUGAAUGAUCAAGCACACUAAAGACUGUAUGUAUGUAUGCUGAGUGGACACACUUUAAAUACACACACACACACACACACACACACUCUUACUUCGGCACCUUAAGCAAGCUGGGAAAGACAGACAUUGGUCGGAUCCUAAAAGUGGACAUAUAUGGUACUCAGCGUUUUGGCUCUGAAGUUUCUAAGAGAUGAGAAAAAAUGUAGCCUGGGCCCUAAGUGGGUCAAAAUUCAACCCUCAUUUACUCGUUAAGCUUUCAAAGUCACAUUGCACCUUUGGGAAAUGACACAAGGAGAAGUGAAAGCUGUUGAGAGACAGUGGUAGGGUUUUUCUUCACUUAACCAAGACAGUGUCUGCUAUGUACCAGUGAAUAGGCAGGGGAGGGGGUGGGCUUAGUGAUAGGAAUUUUGGCAUUGCUGCAAGAGAAUUUCUAAUGAGGUUUUAAGAAAGAAGUUAUUUUUGAAAAUAAAGGACAUCAUGGCCACUGUCUGCUAAAGAGAUGGGCAGAAAUAUAUUCAUGAUAGGAAUGUUUAUUGUUGACUAUUUUCAGUAUUGCUUCCUGGGGAAGGGAUAGAGAGGGAUAAAAAGUGUUUUGUUUACUUCAGACUGCCUUUGAGAAUGUUUUUGCUCCAGAGCAUUGACAAUCAGAAUGUCCUAGGGGGGAGAAAGGAGAGAAAACUAGAAUUGAUUUGCCCCAAAUGCUCCGUAGAAGUGCCAUGUUGUCUUGUGUACGUACCUAAGUGAACUCAUGCUGUCUUUAAAAGCAAUAUCUUCUCUGAUAAGGACUAUAUAAGGACUUUCUUUGUUUUGUUUUUGUUUUUAGUUGUGAAUAUUUGAGGAUUGGAGGUCAUUUUUCUGUACAGUUGCAUAGUAGGUUGUUCUCAUUUUAGGAGCAUUGGAUUAGUGGAAGAAACAAUAAGCGUUUAGUGUCAUGUACAUAGAGAGAGACCUGUUUUCCUUCUAUCAGCAGUAGUGUGUAAAAUGAGUAUUAUACAUGACAAUACUAUUGGAAAUAUACAUACAACUAAUAACCAUCUUUCAUUUUACUAACAUGUUUUUAACAGAUUAUACAGCUGACCAAUAUAUCAGUCAUGUGUCCUUAAAAUUGACUAUGAUUGUACAUGAUAUGAUUUAUGUAGAAUUAAAUCAUUUGUCUCUUUUGUUAGCUGAGCGUACGCUUUUAUUUUGGUCAGACAAUCAGUGACAGUAAAUUAGUUUGCCAGUGUUACAGUUCUGCUCUCUUUCAGUAGUGUGGCUUCUAAUAACAAGCCAAGAAAGUGCAAUUUCUUUGACUGUUUACAUACUGUAUGUAUAUUUUUCCUCUUUCCUUUUUUAACUAAGAACACUACAUUAUUGCCAGUGGAUGAUUAACUUUAUAGCAAAGGUACACAUAGAGUUAUUUAUCUAGUUUGCAUGACAUGUAACCUUUGCCUGUUGCCUCUGAUAAUGUGCAUCUGAUAAACAAAACAUCAAAAAACAGUUAUAACGCCAUAGAAUGUCAGCUCAGACUUUUUGCCUCUAUAACCAUAAUAAUAAAAGCAUUUUAUGUCUACUAGUA